AUGGGGAAGGGCAGCCGAGUUGUAAUUUGUGGACUGGCCACGGUUGGAAAAACUGCUAUACUUGAGCAGGUGAUCUAUGGAAAUCAUAUAGUUGGUCAGGAACAUAGCGACACCCUGGAAGAUGUUUAUGUUGCUUCUGUGGAAACUGAACGUGGUGUGAGGGAACAGUUGCGUAUUUACGACACACACAAGGACUUCAGGAUGGAAUGGAGUUGCCAAAACAUUACUUUUCCGUUGCUGAUGGAUUCAUUCUCGUCUACAGUGUGGACAGCUUGGAAUCUUUCCGAAGGGUUGAGCAGCUUAAAAGGGAUGUUGACAGAUUCAGAGAUAAAAAGGAGGUUUGUUUAA